AUGCACAGCCGCCUGCAGGAGCUGAAGAAAGAAGCAGAGACGCUUCUGAAGUUAAAGGUGACUCUGCAGGACCAGCUCAACAGACUCAAGUUUGAGGAGGGCGCCUUAAAAUCCAUGAUCCACGCCAUGUCUGAGGACGGAGACGGCGAGGAGCAGGCGGAAGAACCACUGGUUUGUAUAAAUCCGGACGAUGAGAGGGAAAUAAAUCAGACCAAACUGUUGCUGAAUGCAGCAGAGGACAAUGGAGCAGAGGAGGACGAGGAAGAGGAAGAGGAGGAGGAAGAGGAAGAGGACUCUGAGCUGGGGCCUGAUGAAGAUCAAGAGGACGAUGAUUAUUGA